CUACAUGAGACGCAACGAUGAUUAUUAUCGAGUGAAGGUGGUUUCCUGCGUUGUUCUUUAUCCAUUCUUGUGAGUGUUUCUGUUGAUGCCUGUCUGACUUGUAAGCAGGAGAGACCACUACGAGGUGAGACUAUUCAUUUGUGAAGAGUUGUAGCUUUGCAUUUUGCCAUUUAUGAACGAAACGAAAAUCGGUUUCUCAACACUUUUGAAUAGAACCAUACCCCACGAUUGGGUACCCUACUACUACUCCUACUACUACUACGAAUCUGUCUUGCCCUAGCCAUUCUUGGACUUGAGAGAGUCCUUGUUUUUCAUCUGUCGCCUUGAUGUAGUCAUGGUCGUCCACUCGUACUUGCAGACACAGGAGUGCUGGAAACCUACUCCUUUCACCCCAUCUAUUCUUGUUGAGAGCAUCAUCAAGUCUUUUUAUCUUCAUGGUUUUAGUUAACUUUUUCUAGCCGUAAGUAGUUUCUUGUAGGUAGUGGAGUCUCUCAUUAGAGCAACGACGAUCUUGAGUUGUAUUUUCUCCUAUAAUUUUCCAGAGGUAUAACUCCAGUUUUAGUACCUCAUAGUACCAUGUAAUUGGCGGCUUCCUCAUCUUGUCUUCGUCUGAGGAAGACAUUCAAAUUUGUUACAAAGUUAUAGUCAAACUCAAAAAAAAACAACAGUUGUUCUUAUAGGAGUUCUUGUCCUGCGAAGUAAUUGUUCUUUCCGGGAAUCAACAUAUCUGCUUUCCGGGAGUUUACUCAUUAUUCUAAGCUGCACACAAAACCAAAAGACUUAUAAGGAUAGAACGAAAUGGCAAGCUCCACCUCUGAAUCUUCCUCCUCGGCAAAAACCGCCGCGGCUAAGGUUUUUACCCUGCAGGAAGUGAGUGCUCACAACCGAGCGGAUGACUUGUGGAUCGCGGUGAACGGCUUCGUCUACGACCUGACCAAAUUCGUGAAGCUGCAUCCUGGCGGGAAGGCUGUUCUUACAGCGGUUGCGGGUACGGAUGCCACGAAGCAGUUUUAUGCGUUGCACAACAAGACCAUACUGGCGAAAUACAAGCGCUUAAGAAUUGGUACACUAAAGGAAGCGGAAGGGAAAUCAGAAGACGUAUUGCUAUUUUGAGACGUAUUUCUAUCUUGAACUAAGUUUGAGUGACUUACCUCUAGCGUGUAGCCCUUCCAACAAAACUAAGUUUGAGUAACUUGUUGUUCUUGGUGAUGGUCUCACUCUGGCUCGCUCUCGGAAUCCUGACAGUGAAAAUGAUAACGGCAGUCUGCCAUUAUCGCUAUGCACCUGUCGGCAGCAGUCGCAGUGCAAAUUCUCAACAUGAGUACUUAUGAUGUUGACAAAUCAAAUCACGCCUGAGGCACCUUUUCAUGACAGUAUAAGUGAUACUUUCCCAAUAUUAUCAAGUCAUGCUUCACCCUUAGGUGGUUCUGUUAAACCGCGAGAGGGAUACACACAUGACAUGACAUGGCUCACAUUCCCAAUAGUAUCAAAUAAUGCUUCACCCUCUCACUACAGGAAGUGA